AAAGAGUUUCUUACUACAAAAGCUCAUUUCAUUAAUCAUCUUUGUCUCAUAAAGGCUUCAAAAUGGCAAUGGAUGCAGACGCAUUAAGGACCACUGUGGGGAUCAUUGGAAAUGUGAUCUCCUUCUUCCUAUUCCUUUCCCCACUCCCAACAUUCCACAAGAUAUGGCAAGAAAAAUCAGUCCAGCAUUUCGAACCACACCCUUAUCUUGUGACGGCUCUCAACUGCGCGAUGUGGUGCUUAUACGGGAUGCCCUCUGUGCAUCCCGACAGCCUCCUGGUCAUCACCAUCAAUGGCAUCGGCUUGGUCAUUGAGUCCUUCUACGUUGGCGUCUUCUUCCUCUACUCCAACACCUGGCCUAAACGCCGAGCAAUGUUGCUCAUAAUCGCUGGAGAAGCCGUUGUCUUCUUCAUCGUCAUGUUCAUCACCUUCUUCUGCCUCCAUGGCACCACAAAUAGGUCGAUGCUGGUUGGACUCAUUUGCAUCGUGAUGAACAUUGGGAUGUACGCAUCGCCCCUGACCGUCAUGAAACGAGUUAUCAAGACCCAGAGUGUGAAGUACUUGCCCUUCUACCUGUCGUUGGCGAACCUCGCCAACGGCAUGGUGUGGUCCACCUAUGCUCUCGUCAAGUUUGAUGCCUACAUCUUGAUUCCAAAUGGAUUGGGAGUGUUUUCCGGAAUGGUGCAGCUAGGGUUGUACGCAUACUACUACAAGACAACCAACUGGGACGAAGACGAAGGGGCGCAGCAAUCGGAUUUGGAGCUCCACGACGGCCACAACAAGGCUUAAAUUGUUUUGAAUUAGAGAUGUGCUCGCCAAUAAUGCUCGAGCGUCGAUCUGCUCUUGCUUAUCAUUUAUCAUUUGUUUUUCCCACACAUGAACAACUCUUUCCUGUGUUUAUGCUGUAAUAACAUUAACUUAUGAGUACAUCAAUAUAAAUUCUCUCAUUCUUUUCUCUACA